UUUUAAACCAUUUCAAAUCUUCACGCUUACAGCAGCCAGCCCCUCUUUUCAUCUUCAAAACCCUAAAAUUUGCCCAAGCUAAAAUCCGACACUUUAUGGUAUCUCCAAUUCCUUUCAACUAUAUUUCCCUCUAUUCAAUUGGGUAUUCUCUCUAAUUUUAAGCUAAUUCGCUUACUCUAGUUAACCCAACAAUAUUUUUGAGCCAAAUUUUCAUCGGAGGAGGUAAAUGAUGGAUAGAAAUUGGAUUCGACUGCCAAAUAGGCUUUGCAAGGAAUAUAUUGAUGGUAUUAAGUCUUUUAUGGAUGUAGCAAAGAAAUGUGUUGACAAGAAUAAUCAAGUCCGAUGUCCAUGUGUAAAAUGUAAAAAUGUGUUUUUCAAACCCUUGGAUGUGGUUGAAAACCACUUGUAUAAGCCCGGCAUAUCAGUAAGCUAUCAAAGGUGGGUUUACCAUGGAGAAAAACAUGAGUUGGGUUCGACUAGCAGCAUAAAUCAUGUUCAUAAGGAACCACAAGUCCUUACGGGUAGGAGUGUUGAUGACAAAGAACGACAUGAUCCAUGUGCUUCUUCAUCCCGUGAGAGAUCUAAACCACAAUCUUCCAAUCAAGGGGAUGAAAGAAUUUCACUCAUGGAAGGAGAUAAUUUCAAUACCAUUGAUGGAUGGACUAGCCCUGUAGUACAGAAUAAUUAUGAAACGUUAUGCACAAUGCAGUCAAGUUCUGAGAUGUCUCAGGCGGCUUUUGGUAAACGGUCACGCUAUGCUUUAGAAUUUGGAGCAUGUGUAAAACCUUCUCAUUGUGAGGGGGAGGCAUCUCAUGAGGCGGCUUUGCGAGCUAAGAUAAAGAAACAACGUACUAAGGUAGAGUCACAGUGUAUACGGAUAAAGUCUCCCCAAGCACAGAUAGAAUCUAACCGAGCAUGGAUAGAGUCUAAUGGAGCACAGAUGGAGUCUAUUGGAGCACUCCUACAGUCUAAUCGAACACAGAUAGAUUCUAUUGGAGCAAAAAUAGAGGAUUUGAAGGGUAAAAUGAUUUACAUGAAAUCUCAACUGGAUUCAUUUGUUGGUAGGUUUAUGUCACAGCAGAGUAGAUCUAGUUUUCAGUUACCAUAGUAGUUUGUGUUAGUUUGAAUAUUUGUAUAAUUUGCAAAACUUGAUCUUAUAUGAUGGGUUGAUAAUAUCUUUUAUUGUCGUAAAUAUAUUUAUUUUCAUUAUAUAUAAUAUGAUAUGUGAAUCGAA